CCUCGAACAGAGAACAUUGAAUAACAAGCGGAAGCGAAAAGCGCACAGCCAGAAAAAUUCGUCAGAAAGCGACAAGUUCUCUUCGUCCGUUUUCCCGCCAAAUGAGUCAGAAAAAUUUUCCAAGUGCUUGAAACGAAAAAAAAAAGACUUGAAAUAACUUUAAAGUGCAAGCAGUGAAUAUAAUCAAAUAUUCCGGAAGACUAAAAACAAAAACUUAAAAAAAAUAUUUAUACUGUUCAAGUUAAAUAUUUUUUUAUAAAAUUUAUACAAAAGUUUUAUUUUGUAAAACAUCAAAUACCGCCAUGGCCAUUGCAUAUUUCAUACCCGACCAGGCCCAAUUGUUGGCCCGAAGCAAUCAGCAGCAUGGCCAGCAAACUGCAACGAAUCCAAGGACAACUGCAACACCUGCUGCACCACCGCAGCAACACCAUCAGUCGCAACAGCAACAGCAGCAACAACGUCCUCAAUUCCGUGCCAAUAUUUCCGUGCCUCUGGGAAGUCAACAGGGAUCGAUGACAAUGUCGGAGUUUGGAUGCUGGGAUCUCCUGGCCCAGAUCUUUUGCUACGCUCUGAGGAUCUACAGCUACAAUUCCAGCCAGCGACGACCGACGGUCAUACAGAUAUCCUUCGAAAUCAGCAGCGGCAGUCAGAAUAGUCAGAAUAAUGAAGAUGACGAUGUAACCGAUGCCAACUCCAAGGAAAAUUAAAUUUCCAUUUUCAUCCGGGUGGAAAGAAAAUCUUCGUGGUUUUCUGGGAAAAGGCAGGCUCAAUCAAAGCGUAUUGUGAUUUCUUUUUUGGGUAUGGACACAUUAGUAGGAAGAAGUUUUGUAAAAAAUGGGAAAUUUCCACAACAAAAUAAGAAUAAUAUUUUUAAACUAUUUUUGAAAAAGAGAGAGAGAAAAAUUCAAAAUUUGUCAUCGAUUUGCUUAAAGUGAUAUUGAUUGUUUGUUACUUUUUUGGGUGUCAAAUUUUCCGAUUUCAGUUUGAAGAAAACGUUUUUUUUUGCAAGCAAAGGUUUCCCGGUUGGUUCAAAUACAUUAUUACCAUACAUCAUUUUUGAUAGCAGCAGCAAAUAAAUAAUUAAAAUGUGUAUAAUUAUCAUAAACCUAAUUAGUGUCUAUACAUAUGAGUAAAACCACAAGUAUCGUAUUCAACUGAAAACUAAUUGUCAAAUUUUGCAUUUCAACAACUUACAUAUAUAAAUCCUAAACUAGUAAAUACAGAACUAAAAUACAGAACCAACAAAAAAACAAAGAUGCAACCGCAGCAACAAGAACAACAAAAGACAACAACUCAAUUGUACAAAAUAGAUUUUAAGCAAACAUCAAAUUUUAUAAGUUUACAAAAAAAAGAAAAUAUAAAUAAAAAAUGUCUACAAAAUAGCUACAGAAAAUAAAAUAUAAAAAACCGCCGAACAGAAAAAACAAAUUGUUAACAAAAAUGAAAUAAAAAAACUCAUUUAAGCAAUUUUGAUACAAAUAAUCACGAAUAACAAAACUCGAAAUGUAUUUUACCAUUAUUAUUGAUUUUAGCAAAAUUCAAAACAUAUUAUUUUCAUUUUGGCAUUGCAAAUUAAACAAAAAAAUAUUUAAAUUAAUCAAAUGUAAAAAUUAGCAUUUGUAAGCAAUUGAAAUUUUUAUAAGACAAAC